AAGUCUAAAUGUUUCAUUUUUGGAGUACUGUUAAUAUACAGCUCUGUGACCAACACGGCUUGCUAAAGUUCUGAAGUGUCACGAUACAGAAAGGAUGGAUUAAACAAAAUGAUCAACAAGAUGCCAGAGGAAAAUAGCUGUCUACUCAUAAUGCUUUAUGUGUGAUGAGCAAACAUCUUUUGUUACAGAGUGUGCUGAUUAUUCUUGAAACUUUCCAACAUUUAUUAAUGAUAUUAAACGCAGCAAUUUUCAAUAAAAUCCCAUCAGCUGAAAGCGGAAAUUAAUAAACAUCCACCGUCGGAACUUAACAGUGUGACAUCCAGCGGAAGUAAACACUACAGCCGUUAGCAGCGUUAGCUCUGUGCACGUAACGUUAUUGAAUGAAGUGGAAGACGGUAUUGUAGCGGUGACACAGUUAAUUAUUUAAUCUGUAAUUAAGCGACAAUGUCUUCAGUUGACUGUUUGAGACAGUUUGUCAACGAGCGACUAACUGCUGCUGCUGAAGAAAUAUUUGGAGUUUUUCAAAAAACUAUCGUCGAGUACGAAGAAGAGAUCUAUCGUCAGCGCAAACUGCUGGAUAUCGUUUGCAAACCUGAAAUAAAGUUACACAGGAUAGAUCUCCAACAGCAACAUGUCUGUGAGGAGGAAGAGGAGGAGGUUCUCACUGACCAGCAGCUCUGUAACCAGGAGAGGAGCUCCAGUCUGGACCAAGAGGACCCAGAGCCUCUACAGAUUAAAGAGGAACAGGAGGAGCUCUGCACCAGUCAGGAGGGAGAGGAGGUUGUGAUGAAGGUGGAGGCUGAUACCUUUGUGGUGACUCCUACUGAUGAGGAAAGGGACCAUGUUCAACCAGAACCUGAAACUGACUACAGUGAACCUGAACUGAAUUGUGAUGACCAACAACACCAAUGCAGAACUCACAGCAAUACUUACAAACAUUCUUUCAAAUGCGACAGCUGCGGUCAAGAUUUUACGCACAAGGCAGCAUUGGAGAGACAUGCGAAAAUCCACACAGGCGAGAAGGUGUAUUCAUGCAAAUUUGGUAACAUGGAAACCAUAAGAAAGCAUCAAAACAUUUGCACAGGUGUGAAGCUGCAUAAUUGCACAACAUGUGGUAAAGCUUUCAGAGAGAAAAAAAUCUUGAAAGUGCACAUACAACGCGUCCACACACAUGGGAAGCUGUACCUUUGCAACACCUGUGGGAAAAUAUUUCGCAGAAGUGACUCAUUUAAACUGCAUCAAAGAAUUCACACAGGUGAGAAGCCGUAUAGUUGCACAACAUGUGGGAAAGCUUUCAGACAAAGUGGUGACUUGACAGACCAUAAAAGACGCGUCCACACUGGUGAGAGGCCGUACCUUUGCAACACCUGUGGGAAAAGAUUCAUUGACUUUUCAUCAUUGAAAAUGCACCAGAGAAUUCACACAGGUGAGAAGCCGUAUACUUGUACAACAUGUGGAAAAGCUUUCAGACAGAAGGGUGCCUUGACAAUCCAUUUUAGACGCAUCCACACAGGUGACAAGCCGUACACCUGCAACAUAUGUGAGAAAACAUUUUGCGCCACAUCUGACUUGAAAAAGCACAUGAAAAUACAUAUAGUUCAGUAGCUGUUAACUUGCAAAUCAUGGCACCUUUCACACAUAGUGGUGACUUUACAGUCCAUGAGAAGAGCCAACACUAAUGAGAGCUUUGCAAAUGUUGGCACACCCACGAGCGCAGGCAAGAA